AGCGAGAGAAAGCUGCAUCCAAGUGUUAAAGUCACAUAUGCGGUACGCCUCAUCCUGACUGACAUGUUUGUUUUUACCUGGGAACAACAGCAAAAAUAGAAUUUAAAAAAAAAUCAUCCCAGUUCGGUUGGCAUGAAGGAGUUUGAUCAGAAGAACAAAUGGCGGACAAGAAUUAUGAUGAUCACGUGAUGGAGGAGAGUGAUGUGGAUGAAGUACAAUCACAGACCAACAACAAACCCAAAUUGGCAAAUGGUCAGUGCGUUGUGGCAAUUCCAAGCUAUUCACUAAUAAACCCAAGCUUUGAUCUCUCACUGUGCAUCACCGAAUUGGAGAGGAGCGGCUUCCAGAUUCCAAUGACAGACAUUGAAGCUCCACUGAAAACAGCCCUGGAAGUUCCUUCAGUCAGAAGAUACAUGAUUUUCAACUCAUCCCUUUUCCAUUUCAUAAUGGCGCCGUUUCUGUACAUCGUGUUGUGGUGCGUCGUUUUCUCCACCCUGCGCCUCUAUAUGACCGUCAGUGACUUCUGGAUCCUGUGCCUGUGUGUCAGUCUGAUUGCCAUCUUCCUUACCACCGCCAUCAUCUUUGUUCUCAACCAGAACAAGAAAGAGAUAAACAUGAACUUGGAUGUGCGGCUGAUCCGGGUGAACGAGACGAUGGUCGAACACAAGCUGCUGGUGGCCGUGGCUGACUGGGUGCACAACUGCAAAGGAAGCAUGCAGCUCGAGCUCAGUGAGGUUGGAUGGAGACCGUUUGUGAACAGCAGUCUUCAGCUCUGCCAACAGAUUCUUGAUUGGAUUCAGGUCUGGACUUUGACUUUGCCCUUUUCCAACACCUGGAUACGUUUAUUUGUGAACCAUUCCAUUGUGGAUUUGGUUUUAUGUUUUGGAUCAUUGUCCUGUUGGAAGAUAAAUCUCCAUCCCAGUCUCAGCUGUUUUGCAGACUCCAACAAGUUUUCUUCCAGAAUGGUCCUGUAUUUGGCUCCAUUCAUCUUCACCAUCAAUUUUAACCAUCUUCCCUGUUCCUACUGAAGAAAAGCAGGCCCAAACCAUGAGGCUGCCACCACCAGAUUUGACAGUGGGGAUGGUGUGUACUGGGUGAUGAGAUGUGUUGCUUUUACACCAAACUUGUCGUUUUGCAAUGUGGCCAAAAAGUUCGAUUUUGGUUUCAUCUGACCAGAGCACCUUCUUCCACAUGUUUGGUGUGUCUCCCAGGUGGCUUAUGGCAAACUUUAAACAAAAUUUAUGUGAGAUUUUAUAUGAAAUGGCUUUCUUCUUGCCACUCUUCCAUAAAGGCCAGAUUUGUGCAAUGUACGACUGAUUGUUGUCCUAUGGACAAACUCUCCCUCAGCUGUAGAUCUCUGCAGUUCAUCCAGAGUGAUCAUGGGCCUCUUGGCUGCAUCGCUGAUCAGUCUUCUGCUUGUUCGAGGUGAAAGUUUAGAGGGACGGCUGGGUCUGGGUAGAUUUGCAGUUGUCUGAUACUCCUUCCAUUUCAAUACGAUUCGUUGCACAGCGCUCGUUGAGAUGUUUAAAGCUUGGGAAAUCUUUUUGUAUCCAAACUUUAAACUUCUCCACAACAGUAUCUCGGACCUGCCUGGGGUGUUCCUUGGUCUUCAAGCAGGUGCAUUUAUACGGAGACUUGUUUAGACACAGGUGGAUUCUAUUUAUCAUCAUCAGUCAACAUUGGCUCAUUCAAAGAUUCUCACUGAACUUCUAAAGUGAGUUUGCUGCACUGAAAGUAAAGGGGCCGAAUAAUAUUGCACGCCCCACUUUUCAGUUUUUUAUUUGUUAAAAAAAGUAUAAAAUAUCCAAUAAAUUUCAUUCCACUUCACGAUUGUGUCCCACUUGUUGUUGAUUCUUGACAAAAAAUGAAAAUCUUAUAUGUUUAUGUUUGAACCCUGAAAUGUCCAGAAAGAUUGAAAAGUUCAAGGGGGCCGAAUACUUUCACAAGGCACUGUAAGUUGUUUAAAAAGCAGAAAUCAAGGGUAAUAGUUUGUUCAACUAUUAUUCAAUUUACAGUAGAAGGGAGUUGGGUAAACUUCAAAAAAUUUUGCACUUUGAAAAUUGAGCAAGAAUUAUGGAAGGUAAGGCAAAAGAUUUGCUUUUGUGGGGCACAUAAAAGGAUUUGGAGGGUCAGAUGUGGUCCCCAGGCCUUGUGUUUCACAUCCCAGCUAUAGAUGAAAAUAGUACCUAAAAUAAAAAUAAAAAAUAAAAAAGUACAUACUAUUUUUAAGAUGUUGCCUUUCUGAGGCUAGUUAUUUUUUGCAUUUUAGGAAACAUUGCCAACUCGGUUUGUGCAGUUCUCUAAACAGGUUAUUUUGCUCAAAAUGCAGUAGUCUUAACUUCAGUUCUUGUUUUACAUCU